GUCACAGAGGCGAUUACGGAUCAGAGAGAGAGAGAGGGAGGGAGAGACAGCGAGACGUUAGAGAAACUGAUUAGAAAAUGGUGGGGAAAGCUCUUUUUUCUAUCUUCUUCUUCCUUAUUCUCCUCAUUUCCUUCUUUGUAUUUACUGGAACCCUCGAUCUCAGAUCACACUUCUCUUUUUCUCAAUUACCUCAACAACAUCAGCUCUCCCUCUGCCGUACUCGUUCACCUCUCCGAGUCUUCAUGUAUGAUCUCCCACCUCGGUUCAAUAUUGGCAUGCUCGACCACCGGAGUUCCGACGAGACACCCGUCAAUGCUCGGAAUUUGCCUCACUGGCCUUCCAAUUCUGGCCUCAAGAACCAGCACAGUGUGGAGUACUGGAUGAUGGCGUCGCUUCUCUACGAAGGAGAUGGAGAUGCGGAUGAAACAAGAGAGGCGGUUAGGGUUUUGGAUCCGGAGACGGCGGAUGUCUUCUUCGUCCCUUUUUUCUCGUCAAUGAGUUUCAAUUCCCACGGCAUUAACAUGAAGGAUCCAGAUACCGAGAUCGAUCGCCAAUUGCAGAUUGACGUGUUGGAGUUUCUGAGGAAAUCCAAGCACUGGCAGAGGUCUAGAGGCCGUGACCAUGUAAUUCCCAUGCAGCACCCGAAUGCUUUCAGGUUUCUUCGGGAUCAGGUGAAUGCAUCUAUUCUUGUUGUUGCAGAUUUUGGACGCUACCCAAAAAGCAUGUCUUAUCUAAGCAAAGAUGUGGUCGCACCAUAUGUUCAUGUUGUGGAUUCCUUUGUAGAUGAUGAUCCUCCUUACCCAUUUGAAUCUCGCACCACACUUCUUUUUUUCCGUGGAAGGACAGUCAGAAAAGAUGAAGGAAUCAUUCGUGCUAAACUGGGCAAGAUAUUAGCUGGUUAUGAUGAUGUCCACUAUGAGGAAAGCAUUGCAACAGGAGAAGGCAUAAAAAUGUCCUCGCAAGGAAUGCGAUCAUCAAAAUUUUGUUUGAAUCCUGCGGGAGAUACCCCUUCAUCGUGCCGUCUCUUUGAUGCUAUUGUCAGCCAUUGUGUCCCUGUCAUUGUGAGUGACCGGAUUGAGCUCCCCUAUGAGGAUGAGCUUGAUUACAAUGAGUUCUCAAUCUUUUUCUCUGUCCAAGAGGCACUAAAACCCGGUUACAUGGUUCAGCAGCUUCGCCAAAUCCCAAAAGAGAGAUGGAUGAAAAUGUGGGAGAGGCUUAAGAACAUCUCUCAUCACUAUGAGUUCCAGUACCCCCCAAAGAAGGAAGAUGCUGUCAAUAUGUUAUGGAGACAGGUCAGUCACAAACUUUCUCGGGCAAAGCUUGCAGAGCACAGAAGCAGGAGGUUAAAAAUCCCGGAUUGGUGGGGGUAGAAGAUGAUCAUGGGCCUAAUUUUGUGACUCAUUUACAUUCAUAAUUCUUCAAAUUAACAGCCCUUUUGAAUGGGGAAUAACCACACGGGGAGAUCACCCAGCUUCACAAUCAUGCAAAAAUCUUGUAAUCUUCAAUUCAUUAUUGAAACUUGAAAGUGUUAUUUGCUUUGAAA